CCAGCAAAUGCACAAGUUAUCUAAGAAAAACGAAUACACAUAAGCGAUAGAAAAAGCAAGUCAUUAUUGCAGAACGUCUUUUGAGGAAACAUGAGCGGAUGCCCAUAUUUUGGAAAAAAGUAUCUAUCUUUGCACAAGAAAUUUGAUCUAAAUGAAACUGAAGACAAAGCUCAGGAAGGAGUUAACAAAGCCAGCAAAGGAGGUCUUAUCUACGGGGAUUAUUUACAACUGGAAAAAGUUGUAAAUGCCCAAAUUCUACAAAGUGAACUGAAGGGAAACAAGAUACAUGAUGAACAUCUCUUCAUUGUUACUCACCAAGCUUACGAAUUAUGGUUCAAGCAAAUCCUGUGGGAGCUUGAUUCAGUUCGGGAAAUUUUCAUUAAUGACCACGUUCGUGAUGAGCGGAAUAUGCUUAAGGUUGUGACCAGAAUCCAGAGAAUUGCAAUGAUUUUUAAACUACUGGUGGAUCAGUUUUCUGUUCUGGAGACCAUGACACCCCUGGACUUUUUUGAUUUUAGGGAUUACCUGUCCCCAGCUUCUGGAUUCCAGAGUCUGCAGUUUCGCAUGUUGGAGAACAAAAUUGGAGUUCCAGACAGCCUGAGGGUUCCAUAUAAUCGCCGUCAUUACAGAGAUAAUUUCAAAGGACAGGAAAGCGAAAUCUUGCUGAAAUCCGAACAGGAGCCUACAUUGCUUCAGCUGGUGGAGAAAUGGUUGGAGAGAACUCCUGGUCUUGAAGAAAAAGGCUUUAACUUUUGGGGAAAACUGCAAAGAAAUAUUGAAGAAGGACUGAUGCAGGAAACUGAGAGAGUUGAAAAACUAGAAGAAUCAGAGAUGAAGGAGGAAAUGCUUGCCGAACUCAUGAAACAGAAAGAAGUUUUCAACCCUUUAUUUGAUGAGAAGAGACACGAGCAUCUUUUGAGUAAAGGUGAAAGAAGACUUUCUUAUAAGGCUCUCCAGGGAGCACUAAUGAUUUACUUCUACAGGGAGGAGCCUCGUUUCCAGGUCCCCUUUCAGCUGCUUAAUUCUUUGAUGGACAUUGAUGGUCUUAUGACAAAAUGGAGAUAUAACCAUGUCUGCAUGGUACACAGAAUGAUUGGUAGCAAGGCUGGAACAGGAGGGUCAUCAGGCUACCACUAUUUGCGUUCCACAGUGAGCGAUCGUUACAAAGUUUUUGUGGAUUUAUUCAACCUUGCCACGUUCUUGGUUCCACGCAGUUGGGUGCCCAAACUGAAUCCCGUUGUCCACAAGUUCCUCUACAUGGCAGAAUGCUGUGAUAGCUCCUACUUCAGCAGUGAAGAUUCUGACUAGAAAGUGUUCAGGAAGAACGUGUUACCUUUGGACUCUUUCUUUCUGAGUUUCACAUACAGUACCUACAGUACUUUCAUUAAAACUGACUGAUAUCAUCAUCGAGUCAAUAAAUGAGAAAUAGAUUCCGAACUAUUUAUGGAUUAACUAUUUAUUUUACAAAUAGGGAAUAAAAAGUAAUUUAGGGAUUUAUUUUAAUGUAUAGAUACAAUUGGAUAGACAUUUCCCAUUAAAUGACCCAGAAUAAAUAAUGAUUGAGAGUUACAUACAAAAGCAGCAUUUUAUAGGCUCGUCAAUCUUGUUGAAUCUGGCUGUACACCUAAAUUUACUGUAAAUCAGAUUUAUCAAGUAUAAUGUAUACAGUAUAAUUGAGUGUAAUGUUUGUAUCAUAACAUAAAUCAAGUGUAAUUCUGGCUCAUGCUUUAAUUUCAGGACAUGUUACUAUUAACUUUCCACUUUAAAAUAAAUAUUUUAACCUGUCCAUGUACUAAAGUAAAUGUUAGUGUUUGUAUUAUAAAUAAACCAUUUUAAGUGUACUGUA